CUUUACUCUUCAAACUGAUAUUGCAAGCUUUGAAAAUUGAAGGUGACAGAAUGCGCGCGCUUCCAGGAGAACAGCAGGACAUUUUAGAAGCUGCUGAAUAGGAAGAAAGUCUGAGGCUACGCAUCCGUGAGCUUUGAGCAGGUGUGCAAAGUGACGGAGGUGGCACUCGGGUAGCCCUAUCCUUUCUGGGAUGUGGAAUGGUGAUAGAUGACUGUGGGCCCUUGGCUCUGUUACCCUGCUAUGGUGGAAAAGAGGGUUAGCUUUUCGGGUAUUUGUACUUGUAGUUGUAACGAUACGUGUUGAAAUGCGGUUGUGACGAUUCUAGAGUCGUUGUGGGUAGGUCAUCCGUGAUCACGGCCACAAGGAGAUGGUUUAGCCACGAGGGAAGAUGAUCAAGCGCUAUCUGGUGCGUCGCAAUUGGUGGUUUUACGUUGUCUCAGCAUGGUGAUUCAGCAGCAUGACAGAGCUCCAUCGUUGGGUCCUUCCGAACACUGCUUCUCUGUCGAAGAUCCGAAGAUUUCACUGUUCGAGGAAGAAGGCGCAAUGUCGUCCAGCGGCGGGGAAAGGAUAUUGCCCCAACGAUUGGAACAUCGGGUUGACGUUAGGCAUCGGGAAAGGGUAUUGGGGGGUAAGAAAUUGUUUCCCAUUGCAAGGCGAAUUUUCACGUGUUGGAUUAGACAGAGGUUUGAGGAGGGAUUCCCACAUUCAGAGGUUACUGGAAUUUCAAUUGGGUUUAAGUGGAACAAGAUGGAAGAGCUCGCGGGGGCUCGUGGAAGCUCGUGCUGCCGGAUCACCUACUCCUCCGCGGAGAUCUUGGUUCAGGAGGUUCCUCUUUGAGAGCAUUGAAAUCCCAGAUUUGGAUAUUGAUCAUGAUAUUGCUGAUGAAUUGGAAAUUCCUAGAAUGUAUGAGGAUGGCAUACAAUUUGAAGAAAGGGCAGAUGCGGUUGUUGGCGAAGCAGACGCGGUGGAUGAAAUGCUUGAGAACGACAGACGGUUCUUCAGGUGGAAGAUUAAGAAUGAAGCACAAAACGAUUUGCGGGACUAUCAAGCCUCUGGAGCUGACCCAGACAGUAGAGAUUGGGAGGAUUGGCUGGAUGAUAGCUGGAAUCAGUAUGGGGACAAUUUGGCUGGAAGAAUGGAUGGGUGGUAUGAGCCUUCUUCCAAUUGGGAGAAGGACGGGGUACCUCGUGACCCUCCCUCAAAACCAGAGCGGGGUAUGAAGAGAACCAUUAAGGAACUCUUGUUUCGUAUUUUUGAACCCGAAGAUGAAGUUGUGGACGAUCUCCAAUUCGAAGAGCGGGUUUUCAAAUUUACUUCUCAAACCACUGCCAAAUUUGUAGGAGUUCUCAUUUUUUUACCGUGGAUCACAGACUUCACCAUUCAUGAUCAUGUGUUGGUUCCGUUUUUGCAAACGUAUGUGGAAAAAGUUCCACUAGCUGCAAAGAUUUUAGAUGUGAGGGAAUCUCAAAAAUUGAAAAUAAUCGAAUCACUCAAGUUAGAACGCCAACGUCUGCGAUUUGAGGCUGAGAUCGGUAAAGCGCCUUCUCUUUCCGAUGACGAGCUAUCUGAGCAUAUUCGCGAGGAAGCGUUAGAGCUGCGAGAGGAGUACAGACUGGAGAAUAGGCAGGCUUUUGCUUCGCUUGGGUCUGACUUUAUUGCAGGACUGACGAUUCUACUUUUGUUAGUAUUCAACCCCCAGCAGGUCGCUAUCAUGAGGUUGACAGGUGAACGUUUGUUUACAAACAUCUCAGAUACUGGGAAGGCUUUCAUUAUCAUUUUGCUCACGGACAUAUUUUUAGGAUACCAUUCAGAAUCAGGCUGGGAAACAGUCUCAGAGAUGGUCCUUGAGCAUUACGGAAUUGAAGUCUCACAAGCGGCCAUUUACAUAUUUGUAGCCAUUGUGCCUGUGACAAUCGAUGCAUGCUUCAAGCUCUGGGUGUUUCGCUUUUUUAGAACUCUUUCUCCGUCCGCAAGUGCAACAUUUCGGGAAAUGCAGCGGCAUUGACUUCCAUGUAUUUUACAGAAACGUAGGAUUUAUUCCUGUCACGAGUAGUCUUGUCCACGUUCCUGCGCAGGUCACCAAAAAAUUUUCAUUAUAAGAUUCUCUCUCCCCCUCUUUCUUGCCAAGGUGUCUGCAUUGAAAUACCUUAGUUACGCUCGAGAGUAUUUAAGUUCCACUUUCCACUCAAAAAAGCUUUGCUACCUUUAGGUCUCUUCAAAUAUACAUAGGUUCAAGCUCAUAUUUGUAUUAUAUUGUCUUGUAGGUAGAAAUGCAUCUGCUACUAUAUGCAUUUCUGCUACUAUUCUCUUAUACAACCGUUGUUUCGAGCCACUUAAAAGAUUAAAUUUGGUUUUAUCAUUGAAA